UACUCAAAGUCAUACUUAUCACUAUCAGUCAUCAAAUGUCCAUCUACUUCUAUUACUCCCCAAAGAAGAUCAUCAAUCAAACAUGGCAAUUAAAGUCUCAAUCUCUUUGAAUUCCCCAAAACUCUCCCACCCAAAGCUCUCAAUCUUCAACUUCCACAAUCUCCCCUCAAAUUCACAACUCAAUUUCCCUAAUCUCUCCUCAAACGGGCAACUCAAAUUUAAAUCACAUUUCAAAAUCCCAAAUGCAAUCCCAAAACCCCACCAAACCCUUAAAUCUAAAUCUUACAGAAACCAAAUCUCAUGCCUUUUUACUGGAAUUGUUGAAGAAAUGGGUAAAGUUAAGGAACUGGGGUAUGGCGAAAAUGCGGGAUUUGACCUGAAAAUUGGAGCAAAAAUUGUUCUUGAAGAUGUAAAGCUUGGUGAUAGUAUUGCCGUUAAUGGAACAUGCCUUACUGUCACGGAAUUCAAUACGGAAUUAUCUGAAUUUACAGUUGGGUUAGCACCGGAGACACUUAGAAAGACGUCGUUGAUUGAACUCCAACCAGGUUCUCUUGUUAAUUUGGAAAGAGCCCUUCAGCCUUCCACUCGUAUGGGUGGCCAUUUUGUUCAAGGACACGUUGAUGGGACAGGAGAAAUUGUAUCGCUUGAUCCGGAAGAUGAUUCUUUAUGGGUGAAGGUUAAGACUACCCCAGAGUUGUUGAAGUACAUUGUUCCGAAAGGAUUCAUAGCGAUUGAUGGCACAAGUUUGACAGUCGUGGAUGUGUUUGAUGACGAUUUAUGCUUCAACUUUAUGUUGGUUGCUUACACUCAACAAAAUGUCGUGAUACCGCUGAAAAAAGUCGGGCAAAAGGUGAAUCUAGAGGUGGAUAUACUAGGCAAGUAUGUUGAGAGACUCCUUAACAGUGGGUUCCUUGAAGCUUCCAAAUCUCCUUAAGGUACCAAAGAUUGAAAUGGAACCUUGGAAUGAUUAAAAUGGUGGAUUUCUUUGUUGCGUCUCCUCCUUUUCUACGUCGCCGAGAAGAAGAGAAGAGAAGGGAUUUCUCUUUGCAAUCAAAUGUAAUGUUUCUUGGAGGAUAUCAAGUUCACUUGAUUUUUGAAACCAUUAAUUUUUUCUUCCUAAACAUUUUUGUACGUCUUCUACUCUAUCCAUUGCUAAGUUGUGAAA